AUGUUCCGUGUUAAAAAGAAACUAUUAGUGCUAUUAAUUAUUGUUGGUGCCUUUCCAGUAUUUUUGCUCCUAUAUCUGGCAGUCAGCACAGAUGAUUAUGUUGCCUAUGGCAACAAUGGUGCAAUUGGUGUGAGCAGGUUGGAAGCAAAAUUGGCUCAAAGAGUUCAAGAAAUGGAAGAAAAAAACCAAUUGAUACAAAAGCAACUUAGUCUGUCCCAGAAUCAACUGCUGAAUUUACAAAUGAGUUUUGCUGCAGAAAAUGACACAAAAUUUGCCUUUCGCAAAGGUCGACUGAACGGCACUCGCCUUCACUGCCUCAACAAUGAACCUGAAGUCCCAAAAUGUGAGGUAAUCCAUGUGGCUAUUGUUUGUGCUGGACAUAAUGCUACAAGAGAUUAUCUUUUCUUGCACCUCUCGCCUAUGGAAUUCUGUAUCCUUCUACAACCCCUCUCUUCCCCCUCUCUCUGCAUCCCUCCAUUCUUGUCCCCCUUCUCUCUCUCUCUGUCUUUCCAUCCCCCUUCUCUCUCUCUCUUUCCGUCCCCCUCUCUCUCUCUCUCUUUGUCUUUCCAUCCCCCUUCUCUCUCUCUGUCUUUCCAUCCCCCUUCUCUCUCUCUGUCUUUCCGUCCCCCUUCUCUGUCUUUCCGUCCCCCUUCUCUGUCUUUCCGUCCCCCUUCUCUGUCUUUCCGUCCCCCCUUCUCUCUCUUUCCGUCCCCCUUCUCUCUCUUUCCGUCCCCUUCUCUCUCUUUCCGUCCCCCUUCUCUCUCUUUCCGUCCCCCCCCUUCUCUCUCUUUCCGUCCCCCCUUCUCUCUCUCUCUCUGUCCCCCUUCUCUCUCUCUCUCUGUCCCCCUUCUCUCUCUCUCUCUGUCCCCCUUCUCUCUCUCUGUCUUUCGUCCCCUUCUCUCUCUCUCUCUGUCUUUCCGUCCCCUUCUCUCUCUCUCUUUCCGUCCCCCUUCUCUCUUUCUCUCUCUCUUUCCGUCCCCUUCUCUCUUUCUCUCUCCCUUUCUCUCCCUCUCUCUCUCUUUCCGUCCCCCUUCUCUCUCUCUCUCUCUUUUUCCCGUUUCUCUUUCUCUCUCUCUUUCCAUCCCCCCUUCUCUUUCUCUCUCUCUCUCUCCGUCCCCCUUCUCUCUUUCUCUCUCUCUCUCCGUCCCCCUUCUCUCUUUCUCUCUCUCUCUCCGUCCCCCUUCUCUCUUUCUCUCUCUCUCUCCGUACCCCUUCUCUCUUUCUCUCUCUCUCUCCGUACCCCUUCUCUCUUUCUCUCUCUUUCCCUCUCUCCGUACCCCUUCUUUCUCUCUCCCUCUUUCUACAUUCCUCACUAUUUGUCUCUCUCCAUAUCUUCCUUGCUCCUAUCCCCGCCCCCUAUAUAUUGAUGCCCUUCAAGUCAAGUUUUAUUCUGCUGAGGAAGUAAAACCUGAAAUUGCCUGGAUCCCUAAUAAGCAUUAUUCUGGUGUUUAUGGCUUGAUGAAACUGACACUUCCAAAAUUACUUCUACCUCUGGAAAAGGUGAUUGUCCUCGACACAGACAUUACAUUUGCAACUGACAUUGCAGAUCUGUGGAAAAUCUUUCGAAUACUCAAAGGAAAACAGGCUAUUGGUCUUGUUGAUAAUCAAAGUGACUGGUACCUGGGCAAAUUAUGGAAAAAUCACCGUCCAUGGCCCGCGUUGGGUCGAGGUUUCAAUACUGGUGUGAUUCUGUUGGAUAUCAAAAUGUUGCAUGACCUUAAAUGGAUGCAAAUGUGGCGUUUAAUUGCGGAAAGGGAACUCAUGAGUAUGCUGUCUACAUCUUUAGCGGAUCAGGAUAUUUUCAAUGCUGUCUUGAAGCAACAUCCAUACCUAGUUUACCGUCUUCCUUGUCAAUGGAAUGUCCAACUGAGUGAUAAUACGCGUAGUGAACAGUGCUACAGUGAAGUAGCUGAUCUGAAGCUCCUAUUUGUUGUUUUUGUCUGGUCUGUCUGUCUUGUUUUUGUCUGGUCUGUCUGUCUUGUUUUUGUCUGGUCUGUCUGUCUUGUUUUUGUCUGGUCUGUCUGUCUUGUUUUUGUCUGGUCUGUCUGUCUUGUUUUUGUCUGGUCUGUCUGUCUGUCUUGUUUUUGUCUGGUCUGUCUGUCUGUCUUGUUUUUGUCUGGUCUGUCUGUCUGUCUUGUUUUUGUCUGGUCUGUCUGUCUGUCUGUCUUGUUUUUGUCUGGUCUGUCUGUCUGUCUGUCUUGUUUUUGUCUGGUCUGUCUGUCUGUCUGUCUUGUUUUUGUCUGGUCUGUCUGUCUGUCUGUCUUGUUUUUGUCUGGUCUGUCUGUCUGUCUGUCUUGUUUUUUGUCUGGUCUGUCUGUUGUCUGUCUUGUUUUUGUCUGGUCUGUCUGUCUGUCUGUCUUGUUUUUGUCUGGUCUGUCUGUCUGUCUGUCUUGUUUUUUGUCUGGUCUGUCUGUCUGUCUGUCUUGUUUUUGUCUGGUCUGUCUGUCUGUCUGUCUUGUUUUUUGUCUGGUCUGUCUGUCUGUCUGUCUUCUUUUUUUUGUCUGUCUGUCUGUCUGUCUCUUCUUUUUUGUCUGGUCUGUCUGUCUGUCUGUCUUGUUUUUGUCUGGUCUGUCUGUCUGUCUGUCUUGUUUUUGUCUGGUCUGUCUGUCUGUCUGUCUGUCUUGUUUUUGUCUGGUCUGUCUGUCUGUCUGUCUGUCUUGUUUUUGUCUGGUCUGUCUGUCUGUCUGUCUUGUUUUUGUCUGGUCUGUCUGUCUGUCUGUCUUGUUUUUGUCUGGUCUGUCUGUCUGUCUGUCUUGUUUUUGUCUGGUCUGUCUGUCUGUCUGUCUUGUUUUUGUCUGGUCUGUCUGUCUGUCUGUCUUGUUUUUGUCUUGUCUGUCUGUCUGUCUGUCUUGUUUUUGUCUUGUCUGUCUGUCUGUCUGUCUUGUUUUUGUCUUGUCUGUCUGUCUGUCUGUCUUGUUUUUGUCUUGUCUGUCUGUCUGUCUGUCUUGUUUUUGUCUGGUCUGUCUGUCUGUCUGUCUUGUUUUUGUCUGGUCUGUCUGUCUUGUUUCUAAUCUCAAUAUCAUACAUUGGAAUUCUCCAAAGAAACUGAAAGUUAAAAACAAAAAUGUUGAGUUCUUCCGCAGCCUUUAUUUGACAUUUCUCAAAUAUGAUGGUAACUUGCUUCGACAAGAACUGUUUGCCUGUGGUACAACUCAUGUUGGGUCCCCCGUGCAAGAUCAGUUAAAUCUAUCUGGAUCGUUUCCGGCCUGCCUUUCUAUCUGGAUCGUUUCCGGCCUGCCUUUCUAUCUGGAUCGUUUCCGGCCUGCCUUUCUAUCUGGAUCGUUUCCGGCCUGCCUUUCUAUCUGGAUCGUUUCGGCCUGCCUUUCUAUCUGGAUCGUUUCGGCCUGCCUUUCUAUCUGGAUCGUUUCCGGCCUGCCUUUCUAUCUGGAUCGUUUCGGCCUGCCUUUCUAUCUGGAUCGUUUCCGGCCUGCCUUUCUAUCUGGAUCGUUUCCGGCCUGCCUUUCUAUCUGGAUCGUUUCCGGCCUGCCUUUCUAUCUGGAUCGUUUCCGGCCUGCCUUUCUAUCUGGAUCGUUUCCGGCCUGCCUUUCUAUCUGGAUCGUUUCCGGCCUGCCUUUCUAUCUGGAUCGUUUCCGGCCUGCCUUUCUAUCUGGAUCGUUUCCGGCCUGCCUUUCUAUCUGGAUCGUUUCCGGCCUGCCUUUCUAUCUGGAUCGUUUCCGGCCUGCCUUUCUAUCUGGAUCGUUUCCGGCCUGCCUUUCUAUCUGGAUCGUUUCCGGCCUAUCUGGAUCGCUGAAUGCCAUCAAUGAAGACGAUGAAUGCUAUGACUUCCGUCGUGAGCAAGUGAUAAUCCAUCGGACACACUUGUAUUACUUAGAUUAUGAUUAUCAGCCAAGUGAGUACGAUGUCACCCUUGUGGCCCAGUUGAGUAUGGACAGACUCCAGAUGCUGGAAACUAUCUGCAGACACUGGGAAGGUCCAAUCAGCUUGGCAUUGUACAUGUCCGACGCAGAGGUACAACAGUUUCUGCGAUAUGCCAUUAGUUCAAAUAUCUUGAUGUCUCGAAAGAAUGUUGGAUACCAUGUCGUAUACAGGGAUGGGCAAUUUUAUCCCGUAAACUACCUCCGUAAUGUCGCUCUCCAACAAGUGACGACACCAUAUGUCUUCCUCUCUGACAUUGACUUCCUUCCAAUGUAUGGCCUUUAUGAAUACCUCAAAAAAGCUGUAUCUAUGAUGGACAUGAAAGCAAGCUCUUAUAGUUCCGCUUUUGAAACUCAGCGUUACAGACUGACAUUCCCCAAGUCAAAGGCUAAACUCCUUUCCAUGUUGGAUGUCGGCACAUUAUUUACAUUCAGAUAUCAUGUAUGGACAAAGGGUCAUGCUCCUACAAAUUUUGCCAAAUGGAGAACUGCCACGACACCUUAUACUAUACAAUGGGAACCAGAUUUUGAGCCAUAUGUUGUGGUCAGCUCCAAGGUGUCACCAUAUGAUCAACGUUUUGUUGGUUUUGGUUGGAAUAAAGUCUCUCAUAUUAUGGAAUUAGAUGCCCAAGGGUAA